AACGAAAGUUUCAUCUGUGAUAGGAUUUAAAUUUUAAUUAAUUUUUCUGUGGUGUAAAAAGGUAAUGCAGAAGGCCCUCAAAAGGCCUAAAUUUUCACAUUAAUACCAUCAUUAGCCUCUUGUUUGAUAUUUGGUACAAAUAAAUUGGUCAAAUGGCGCUAAACGCACAGUACGAUGCAAUUGGUAAAGGUUUCGUACAGCAAUAUUAUACGUUGUUUGAUGAUCCGGCACAGCGACCAAAUCUGGCUAAUAUGUACAAUGUUGAAACUUCAUUUAUGACUUUUGAGGGUGUACAACUUCAAGGUGCUGUUAAAAUAAUGGAAAAACUCAAUGGGCUGUCAUUUCAAAAGAUUGGUAGGCUAAUAACAUCAGUUGAUUCCCAACCAAUGUAUGACGGUGGAGUUUUAAUCAAUGUCCUUGGUAGACUGCAGACAGAUGAAGACCAGCCACAUGCAUACUUUCAAACUUUUGUACUGAAGCCCAUUGGAACAUCGUUCUAUGUUGAACAUGACAUGUUCAGGCUGGCACUACAUGAUGUUUAAGGUGUGACGACGACCCUCCGCAUCCAUACAUACAGACAUUCGUAUUGAAACCACUCGGAGAAUCAUUCUUUGUCCAGCACGACAUUUUCCGCCUGGGCAUCCACGACGUCGCCUAAACUAUUCCUAAACAUAUUCUUUAUCGUAUUACGAACAAUUCAUUGGUUUCUUCUCGCGAUUAAUGCAAUUCGUUUCAGUUAUCUAGUUGUAAGCUAGUAUGAACAUCACUGCACGUUAAAAUGCAACCUGUAAAUUGUUUCACAUUAAAUAUAUUUCAAACGUACUUUACCGUCGUUUUGGCUUAGAUGAAUUGUCAGUGGCUUUAGUCAAAUGUAACGGCAUUUUUAUCAGUUACACGUACUUUUUAUAAUAAAUACAUACUUUUUUA